GAAAGAAAGAAGACAGAUUGGCAGUUCAUUCCAUGCUAAACUUCAUUCAAGGCGACUGUAAAAUUAAGAAAUCUUAAAAAUAUAAAAAGGCAACGCAAACCUUGUCAUUCAGGGCUACGCCUGCCCCUCCCCUGCCCCCCUCCCCAACGAGGCCUGAGCACUGGGCGUCAAUGCCCACACCCUCCUCUCACUGCACUGGUGAACAUCACACGCAGGGAUGAGCGGGACCAAGGAGCCGUCACCACAGCCAGGCGCGGCCCCUGCUUCCACCCCUCCACGCAGGGGCCGGGGACGCCCACGGAAACAGCAACAGGAGCCCACGGGGCCCCCGGCCCCAAAGAGGCCCAGAGGACGACCCAGAGGAAGCAAGAACAAGGGUCCUAGGGCCACACCCAAGAAAGUGGAACAGGUUGGAGAGAAAAGACCUCGGGGCCGACCAAGGAAAUGGCCCCAGAAAGUAGUUCAAGAAGUAGUGCAGGAACUGCCGGGUACUUCAGAAGAAACUGAGGAGGGUCCCUCAAAGACCCAGUCUCUGCUCGCGGCUUCAGCAUCUCAGGCGCCAACCCAGGAAUAG